GAGCUUCACUGUACAGCUCCAUGCAUAUUCACUACAGCUGCACUUUUCCAUCUUACUCUCACUUUAUUAAACGUAAACAACGGGAACUCACUCUCUAGCUCCCAUCAAAAUAACAAUAUGUCAGGAGCAAGACAUUGGGAACAAGACAAGGAAGCCACCGUCUAUAUUGGCAAUAUUGAUGAGCGCGUUACUGAUAGCUUGGUAUGGGAAUUGAUGUUACAAGCUGGGCGCAUUGUCAAUGUACAUUUACCCAAGGAUCGCGUCACUCAAAAUCACCAGGGCUAUGGAUUCGUAGAAUUUAUAUCAGAGGAGGAUGCUGAAUAUGCGGCGCGCAUUAUGAACCAAGUGCGGUUGUUUGGAAAACCAAUCCGUGUCAACAAGGCCUCUGCCGAUAAACAAAAGACAGUUGAAGUGGGCGCCGAACUCUUCAUUGGUAAUCUUGACCCUAUGGUAGACGAAAAGACUUUAUACGAUACCUUCUCGCGCUUUGGAUCUCUCAUCUCUCCUCCCAAGAUCGCUCGCGAUGAAUCCUCUCUUUCUAAAGGUUACGGUUUCGUAUCCUAUGCCAAUUUCGAAGCCUCCGACGAUGCUAUCGCAAAUAUGAACGGUCAAUAUUUAAUGAACAAGGAUAUUUCAGUUCAAUACGCAUACAAGAAAGAUGGCAAAGGAGAAAGACACGGAGAUGCAGCCGAGAGAGCCUUAGCAGCUCAAGCAAAGAAACACAACGUAAUCCCAGAUCUACAAAACAUGCCACCAGGAUUACUAUUAGGCAUGAAUGGAAUUCCACAAGCUCCAGCCGCAAUGUUAAACGACUCUCCCAUACCUACCGCACCCCCAGGAUUCCCACCACAACGUCCUGCUUACAAUUCCGUCCCGCCACCUGGUGGUCCACGCGGUGCUCCAGGAGGACAACCCCAACAUCUCCCACCCCCUCCAUCUGGUCUUCCUCAAAGACCACCACCUUCGCAAGCCGGCUACGGUGGCCCACAAAUGGAUUUCCACAAUCAACAUGCCCCACCUACUGGCCCAGGCGGUGCAUAUGGACAUCCUACUACUGGACCUGCGCGAGGAAUCCAAUUUCCACCUGGAUUUGCUCCACCAGGAGGUAUGCCAGCUCCUGGGCAGCCAGGAAUGGUUCCCCCGCCUGGUCUAUUAAAUAUGCAAGCACCUCCUGGAUUUGGAGGUGCUCAGGGAAUGCCAAUGGGGAUGCCACCUGCAGGACCACAAGGUCAUGGGGGACAAGGUUAUGGAAGGAGGUGAAGAAAACUCGAGGGACAUGAGCAGAUUCCCAAUAUUGAAGCGGGAGGUUCAAAGUUGCAAAAAUUGGGACUGCAGAAUAUUCAAAAAGCAUCUAGAAGCAGAUAUCUUGAGGGAGGGAGAGAAACAACAUCCCAAAGCAGAGUCAGUCAUUCAUAGGAGAAAGGAAGGAUAUAUCAGGGCUGGCGUUCACAACGGCGUUCCAAAGGGGUGAGUUACCACCAGACGUUACAUUACAUUACACGUUUCAUCCAUCCAUCCAUCCAACCGAUGGAUGGAUGGAUGGCUUUCGGCAUCUAGCAAAAUAGUUAGUAACACUUUCCUACAGCUAAAGCUACAGCUCCAAAUCGGUCCUAUGCUCGUUCGUUCACGGAGCAUCAAAAUUCAAAUUCAAAUUCAAAUAUCAAAAGAUACUUGUAUACAUACUGCAAGAUGAAUAGUAUAGUAUAAUAAUAACA